GGAAGUGGCAACAAAACCACCAGUAGGUUAGCUGGCUUCUUAGGAGUGGGAGGAGCAGGUUACUCUCAUGCUGACUUGGUCUGCAUUCUGCUAACUGACAUGAACCCCCUGUCUCCAUAUUUAAAUGUGGAUCCAUGCUAUGUUGUUCAGGAUACCAAUGAGCUCAUUUUGCCAACUGGAGCUAACAAAACCCGAGGCAGAUUUGAGCUAGCUUUCUUUACCAUUGGAGGAUGUUGCAUGCCAGGGGCUUCAUUUGGGGCAAUGAACCGUCUUCGGUUAGGAUUGAAGGAAACUCAGAGCAUGGCCUGGUCCAAACCAAGAAAUGUACAGAUUUUGAAUAUGGUGACUAGGCAAGGGUCACUUUGGGCUAAUACUCUAGGCUCCCUGGCUUUGCUCUAUAGUGCCUUUGGUGUUAUCAUCGAGAAAACACAGAAUUCAGAAGAGGACCUCAACACAGGAGCAGCGGGAACCGUGACGGGAAUGUGGUAUAAACAUACAGGUGAUCUUUGA